AUGAAUAUUUCAGAUAGGAAUAAUGCCACUAUUUUCAUUCAUGAAUUUAUCCUCUUGGGUUUUCUGUGUAGCCAAGAAAUAGAAAUUCUCCUUUUUGUUUUUUUCUCUAUCAUCUACAUCCUGACUUUGCUGGGCAAUAGUGCUAUUAUCUAUGCUGUGUGGUGGGACCAGCAACUCCAUACUCCCAUGUAUACCUUAUUGGCCAACUUCUCUUUUCUGGAGACCUGCUACAUUAAUUCCAAUGUGCCCACUAUGUUACUGAAUUUUCUCUCCAAGACAAAGACCAUCUCUUAUAAUGGCUGCAUCCUACAGUUCUACAUCUUUCUCUCCCUUGGUGCCACAGAACUUUUCUUUUUGGCCCUCAUGGCAUUUGAUAGGUAUGUUGCCAUCUGCCAUCCACUACACUAUCCCAUCAUAAUGACCAAAAAAGUCUGUGGAGCCCUUGUGUCUGCCUGUUGGGUGGGUGGCUUCCUGUGGUCAGUGACACCUGCCACUCUUAUUUCUCAAGUUCCAUUUUGUGAUUCAAAUGUCAUUGAUCACUACCUCUGUGAUCUGGGGGCAAUGCUGGCCAUAUCAUGUGUACCAGUCCCCAAGACAACUCUGACUUGCAGUACUAUCAGUGCUGUGAUAUUGCUAGUCACUUUGUUCUAUAUCCUUGUGUCCUACACCCUGGUCCUUCGAGCUGUGGUUCAGGUUCCUAAAGAUUCAGGUAGGAAAAAAGCAUUCUCCACAUGUGCCUCCCACCUGGUAGUGGUGUCCCUGUUUUAUGGCUCAGUCAUGGUGAUGUAUUUAAGCCCUGGGGCAGCCAAUCAGCCUGGCCAGCAGAAAUUUGUGACUAUGUUGUAUUCAAUUGCAACUCCACUUUUAAAUCCUCUGAUCUAUAGCCUCAGGAAUAAGGAGAUGAAGACUGCCCUGAGAAAAGUCUUCUGUAAAGUUUAA